AUGAUUAUAUCUGUGCAACUUUCUCACCAAGGUUUGCUCAAGUUGAAAGGAACCUUUGAAGAGCAGGAUAUUAAGAUGUGCACAGGCCAAGCUGCACCAGGAUCACCAACCUAUUGCUGGGCCAGCAUACUUGUGAAUGCUGCACUACAAUCCCCACAUGGGAUCAAAUAUUCCAGCCAAGAGGAUGUCCACCCCUCUACUACUACUGGAGGCGAGGUGGAUGAUCGUGAGUCAACUAUGACAUAUGACCAAGAGGGCGAGGAUGAGGACAGCAAUGUAGAGUCUGUGAAGAUGUCACCAGAGGUUGAUGAGGAGGGAACAGGCAAAGAGGAGAUAGAGAAAGAACAGUCACCUGACAGGCUCAAAACAGUGCCGGUCAAGAGGUGUAUUUUUACACCAGAGAGGAAUGAAAACUGUGAUUAG